GUCAACGGAUUUGUGGCGCGAUAUUGCGUGCAUAUGUUAAAAUAUCAGUUUUCACUGUAUAUUCACAAAAAUAGAAAGUAGAAAUGUCUUACGCACGAAUUACGGUUAAGUUUGUAACUAGAGGUUCAGUAAAUUGAUAUUAUCAACGAUAAAAUACUCUAACAUCCGAAGAAAGUUGUAAACCUGUUGCGUGACUUCAUACUCGAUAAAAUACUAACAGUUCUAUUCAAACAGAUAUUGUAUUAUAUGCAAAAUGACUGCUUCAUUAUCUUUAUUAGCAAGCCACGAUGAAGUGGUGCGUUGCUCGGACGUCCUCAUAAAUGGAGCCUGUGAAGAAGAAUUCUUACAGUUUGCAAUAAAUCAAGAGGAAAUGAGACAGAAAUGGCUGGCUUCUGUACAAGAAUGUCAGCGCCUUCAUUCUGCAUUAGAAAAAGCUCAUCACGAAGCAGCAGACUUGGACAGAAAAUUAAGUCAUGCUAGGAGACUUUUAGAUGAAGAAAAGCGAAAGAGAAGAACCGUUGAAGAGCAAAGAAAUUCAUUGGAGAGACAGAUCGCUAUGGUGAGGGAUCUUCUGUUCAAUGAUGGUGGAAAGAACAUUAACGAUGAAACACGAGAAAAGUUACAAUUUUUGAAUAACACUACAUUGAAUGGACGUCAUAGUAACAUACACAUUAAGGACUUACAAAAUGAUAAAUUAAAUACUAUAGCGGAGCUGGACUCCACUGGCUCUAUUUUAAGUGACUUAAGUUGUUUUUCGAAGUCGGAAGAUGACUUAGAUGCUAGUGUAAUUCUUCAACAACAACAGAAAAGACGUGAAUGGAAAGAGCACAGACCCAGUGGAGAGUAUUCUUCAAGGAAACGUCACAGUGCAGUACAAAAAGUUGCAGAAUUAAACACUUCUGAUAGAAUAGUAGCUACAACUACAGUAGUAGUACCUAAAGAAGGCAACAUUACUGCAUCCUCUGUCAUUGAGGCUGUAGCCAGAGAUGAAAAUACAGAUCCACAAGGUCCUUUACAUAGUGCACGUAAACGACGUAAAAGCGGUGAUCGCAGUAAAUCGAAAUUGGGUCCAGUUGACACAAAUGAAAUACAAAUUGAUACUGCGCCUUCUGCACCAAAAGCAGAUAAUAUUACUUCAGGAUCAGAUUCUGAAGGAAUUUUCAAACCUAGUCCAAACAUAGGUGGAUACACUUUAAACACGAAAUCUGCAAGAGGUCAUAGUUUUGUGGCAAAGACAGUAAUUAAACCAGAGAUUUGUACACCCUGUGAUAAGAGAAUUCGAUUUGGAAAAGUAGCUUUAAAAUGUAAAGACUGUAGAGCUACAGCUCAUACAGAAUGUAAAGACCUAGUACCACUACCGUGUAUACCCACAGGAAAUACACCUACAUUACGUGGGACAUCUGGAACUAUAGCAGACUAUACACCUAUGAUCCCGCCAAUGGUUCCCUCGUUAGUUGUUCAUUGUAUCAAUGAAGUAGAAUUGAGGGGAAUGAGUGAACAAGGAUUAUACAGGGUAAAUGGUGGUUCAAAUGAGGUGAAAUGUCUAAAAGAAAAGUUUCUUAAAGGUAAAGGAGCUCCAAAUCUCUCGGAUGUUGAUAUACCCACCAUAUGUUCUACUCUUAAAGAUUUCCUCAGAUCAUUACGGGAACCGUUAAUUACUGUUGGAUUAUGGGCAGAUUUUGUACGCGCUACUACUAUUACUGAUAAACAAGAUGCAGAUGCAGCUUUGUAUCAAGCGAUUUCAGAACUACCUCAACCCAACAGAGAUACGCUUGCCUUCCUAAUAUUACAUUUGCAGAGAGUGUCAAGUAGUCCUGAAUGUAAAAUGCCGAUAAGCAAUCUGGCUAAAGUUUUUGGCCCUACAUUGGUGGGUUACAGUUGUCAGGAACCAUCUCCCACUUCUUUGCUUACCGAAACGAGGAACCAAGCUGCUAUAGUAGAAAAUUUAUUGAAAAUUCCUUCGGAUUACUGGGCGAAUUUCGUCAAUCCUGAAAACCUAAAUAACAUUGGUACUCAUAGAACGGGAGAAUUAAGGCAUACCCCGUCCACAGAAUCUUUGCUGAAACGUAGCACUUCUCGUGGCUUCUUUAAUACUCCACUUGCUUCUAGUCGAACAUUCAUGAGGAGAAACAAGAAAUAUUUUGCAACUCCUCCUUCUAGAAUAGGUUUCUAAAGAAGAUAGGUAUGUACUUAAUUAUAUUUACAUUAAGAAAUGAACAAUUAGCAACUGUCUUAUUAAUAAUUUCAAUAUAAAUCAUUUAAUUUUUUCUGAUGUUCAACAUGAUGUUUAAAUAUUCUGAUUGAAAAUUCGUAAUAUAUUGAUGGAAAUAGUUGCAGAAUAUAAAAUACUGUAUGUACCGUUCGGUUAUUCAAAGUACAAUAUUAGACGUUAAUGGAAUUAAAAUGUUAAUAAUAUAAUGUAUUAAAUGCUUAUUAAUAAUGAUAUUUUACAUGUGAACAAAUGAUGAUAAUAGAAUCUCAAAUCCUUCUGGAUUGAGACUAAAAUAUAAUUAUAUAUUUAAAAGUUGACAUUGCAUA